AUGAAGUUUCCCCCCGAGGGUGGAAUAGGUUACCUCCAAGGCGAUCAGCGCGAGACUCGAAAAUGUUAUGUAAUAGCGGUAAAGAAAGGGUCAGUGAAACAAGCCCUCACCAUUAACAUCCUCGAUCCCAGGGGACAUACAGAGGACUCAUUUGUAGAAGACUUGGAGGCAGUACCUCUCGACAAGACAGAUCCGAGCAAAACCGUUCAGCUCGGAACAUCGUUGAAUUCCGAACAAUGGUCUGAAAUGUUGGCUUUCCUUCAUGUUGGCUUCAUCGAAGAGGUACACUAUCUAGAUUGGAUCGCAAAUUUGGUCAUUGUCAAGAAAGCUAAUGGGAAAUUGUGGGUUUGUGUGGAUUACUCAGAUUUAAACAGGGCCUGCCCAAAGGAUAGCUUUCCCCUGCCUCGGAUCGAUCAGCUGGUAGAUAGUACAGCGGGGCACGAACUACUCUCCUUCCUGGACACCUAUUCAGGGUAUAACCAGAUCACGACGCAUCCUCCAGAUAGGCAGAAGACCACAUUCGUCACAGACAAUGGACUCUAUUGUUACCGGGUCAUGCCGUUCGGCUUAAAAAAUGCUAGGGUCACGUAUCAGAGAUUAGUGAAUCAGAUGUUCGCCAAACAGAUCAGACGUUCUAUGGAGUUUUAUGUAGACGAUAUGCUUGUUAAGAGUACCAAGGCGUCGAACCACCUAGCGGAUCUCGGAGAAACCUUCUCUAUCCUCCAAGAGUACCAGAUGAAACUGAAUCCCGCGAAGUGUGCCUUUGGAGUUGGCUCUGGUAAAUUCCUCGGGUUUCAGAUUCCUAGGGCAGAGAAUUCUUGGGCCGACGCCCUAGCGAAGCUAGCCUCGGCCACGAAAGGAAAGAUCCCGCGAGUCAUUCCCGUGGAGUUCAUAGAACAUCCGAGCAUUGACCAAAUAGAGAAGAAAAUGGUCAACCCAGUAGGAGACACUCUGAGCUGGAUAGAUCUGAUUUACAACUACCUCACAUUUAGUGAGGUCUCCUCGGACAAGUUGGAGGCUAGGCGCCUGAGGGUGAGAGCGGCAUGGUGUCUCCGACCCGAUGAAGCAGACUACGUGAUUCGGGAGAUUCAUGAAGGCAUCUGUGAAAAUCACUCUGGUGGUUGGGCCCUGGCUCUGAAAAUACUCCGCCAAGGACAUUUCUGUCGACCAUCAGGGAGGACUCGAAAAACUAUGUUCAAAGGUGCGACAAGUGUCAACGGGAAAGUGCAGGUCGAGUUCGCUAUUGUCGCAGUUGACUACUUCACUAAGUGGGCCGAAGCUGAGCCCGUCGAUAAAAUCAUAAAGCAGAAAGUGGUGGCACGAUUCUACAAUGCUAAGGUCAAGACUAGGUGUUUCUGUUCAGGAGACUUAGUCCUUUGCCAAGUCUUCCAGAUCAUUGCAGAGCCGGGGGCUGGGAGGCUUAAGGUUGAGGUCCUGAUAGAGCUCUUGGACCGCAUCAAUGCAAGUGUCGAAGCCGCAGUUAUAGAACUUGGUGGCUUCGGUGGUCCUCUCCUCUGA